AUGUCACGGGGCAUCGGGGAACACUUCCCAGCGGAGGGUGGAGUUGAAGAGGCAGACAUUAGCGGUUUUACAACUCCCCAAGGCCCUGCUGAUGCUGCUGGAUGCUGCCUGACCGGCGUCAAGCUUUCCUCGGCUCAGACGGCUGAGGACACUGCGUGGAAGCGUCUAGUCAUUUUGGUGCCCUCGACGACACUUCAGUUGCCAGUCGGAAGAGUUGACGACACCAGUCGCCGCCUCGAAUCCCACCCGGGCCACGAGAGAAGUCUGCGUCAGGCAUGGGAAAAGUAG